UUCUGUGUGUGUGCAUCCGAGGUUUCGGGGCACCUUAUUGGAGUUUGGAAAUGGGUGUGGCAUCAGUGAGUGCAAUUUCGCUUGCUGUGUUGGCUGCAUUCAGCUUCCUGUGUGUUGAUGGCGAUGGUAUUCCCACCACUCUUGAUGGGCCCUUCAAGCCCCUCACUGUUCCUCUUGACACCAGCUUCCGCGGAAACGCUGUGGAUUUGCCUCACACUGACCCUCGACUUCAGAGGACGGUCCAAGGCUUUGAGCCUGAACAAAUCUCUGUCACCCUCUCUGCUACCUAUGAUUCUGUUUGGAUCUCUUGGGUUACAGGGGAGUUUCAAAUUGGGGACAACAUAAAACCAUUAGAUCCUAAAAGUGUAGCAAGCCAAGUUUUUUAUGGGAAGAAAAAGCAUCGAUUGGUUCACAUGUCCAACGGCCAUUCUCUGGUUUACAACCAACUCUAUCCAUUUGAAGGCCUUCAGAACUACACCUCCGGAAUUAUACACCAUGUUCGUCUCACAGGGCUUAAACCUGAUACAGUAUAUUAUUAUCAAUGUGGCGAUGCAUCUAUACCAGCCUUGAGUGAUAUACACUACUUCAAGACCAUGGCGGCAUCUGGUCCGAGGAGUUACCCCAACAGAAUAGCAGUGGUGGGUGACCUUGGCCUUACAUACAAUACGACUUCAACAAUUAGUCACUUGAUGAGCAACGACCCAGAUCUUAUUGUAUUCGUCGGGGAUGUAUGUUAUGCUAACAUGUAUCUCACAAAUGGAACUGGGUCUGAUUGCUACUCUUGCUCUUUUUCACAAACUCCCAUCCAUGAAACCUAUCAGCCCCGAUGGGACUACUGGGGAAGGUUUAUGCAGCCUUUGAUAUCGAAAAUUCCGAUAAUGGCGGUAGAAGGGAACCAUGAGAUAGAAGAACAAGCUGAAAAUCAGACAUUUGUGGCUUACAGUUCUCGAUUUGCAUUUCCAUCAAAAGAAAGUGGAUCAUCAUCUACAUUCUACUAUUCUUUCAAUGCUGGGGGUAUACACGUCAUAAUGCUUGGUGCCUAUAUUUCUUAUGACAAAUCAGAGGAACAAUACAAGUGGUUGGAGAGAGACCUGAAAAAGGUAGACAGAAAAGUAACACCAUGGUUGGUAGCUACUUGGCACCCACCUUGGUACAGCACCUACAAGGCGCAUUACAGAGAAGCCGAGUGUAUGAGAGUGGCUAUGGAAGAUUUACUCUACAAUUAUGGUGUUGACAUCAUCUUCAGUGGACAUGUUCAUGCCUAUGAGAGAUCAAACCGAGUAUAUAACUAUACACUGGACCCCUGUGGCCCUGUGUAUAUCACAGUUGGUGAUGGCGGUAAUCGAGAAAAGAUGGCGAUUCCACAUGCUGAUGAACCUGGUCAGUGCCCUGAACCAUCUACAACACCAGAUAAAUAUAUGGGUGGCUUCUGUGCAUUCAAUUUUACUUCAGGCCCUGCAGCGGGUCGCUUCUGUUGGGACCGGCAGCCUGAUUAUAGUGCAUACAGAGAAACCAGUUUUGGCCAUGGCAUCCUAGAGAUGAAAAAUGAGACCGUUGCACUAUGGACAUGGCACCGGAAUCAGGACUUUUACAACCUUGCAGGAGACCAGAUUUACAUUGUAAGGCAACCUGAUAGGUGCCCCGUUGAAACCAAGUUUUAAGGUUUCAUCCAAAGUGAUAAGCUCGGAGGAAUAGCCCAAGGGUACCGCACCAUACAGGAGUAAUAGGCUCGGAGGAACAGCCCAACUCGAUUAUCGUCAUUGUGAAGUUUUAGAAUCAUAUAAAACAGUCCUUGUUGUAUAAACUGGUUGUGUAAUUUCUAAACAUUUCUAAAUGAA